GCGUCGCCCGAGCGCGGGCAGCUGCCCCGGCGCGCCCUGCCUGUCCCGGGAGCCGGCGAGGCCGGCCUGGGACGGCCCGGCGCGGGAGCACCGCGGGGAGUACCGGCUGGAGCAGCGCAGGGGCGACGGCCCAGCGCCCCGAAGUUUGCCGCGCCCGCUUGGGCGGCCGAGGUUUGUUUUCUUGAAAAGGCUCCAGGCUUCGGCUUGGAAAAUCCAACCGCCAAAAUUGAGCCCAGCAGCUGGAGCGGCAGCGAGAGCCCUGCCGAAAACAUGGAAAGGAUGAGCGACUCGGCAGAUAAGCCGAUGGACAAUGAUGCGGAGGGGGUCUGGAGUCCUGACAUAGAGCAGAGCUUUCAGGAGGCCCUGGCUAUCUAUCCGCCGUGUGGGAGGAGGAAAAUCAUCUUAUCAGACGAAGGCAAAAUGUAUGGUAGAAAUGAAUUGAUAGCCAGAUACAUCAAACUCAGGACAGGGAAGACAAGGACCAGGAAGCAGGUGUCUAGUCAUAUACAGGUCUUAGCAAGAAAGAAAGUUCGAGAAAUUCAAGCCGCCAUUAAGGUGUCUAGUCACAUUCAGGUUCUUGCCAGAAGGAAAUCUCGUGAUUUUCAUUCCAAGCUAAAGGAUCAGACUGCCAAGGACAAGGCCUUGCAGCACAUGGCUGCCAUGUCAUCAGCCCAGAUCGUCUCGGCUACUGCCAUCCACAACAAGCUGGGGCUGCCUGGAAUUCCACGCCCCACCUUCCCGGGGGCACCGGGGUUCUGGCCUGGAAUGAUACAGACAGGACAGCCGGGAUCCUCACAAGAUGUCAAGCCCUUUGUGCAGCAGGCCUACCCCAUCCAGCCAACAGUCACAGCCCCCAUUCCAGGGUUUGAGCCUGCAUCAGCCCCAGCUCCCUCAGUCCCUGCCUGGCAGGGCCGUUCCAUUGGCACAACCAAGCUUCGCCUGGUAGAAUUUUCAGCUUUCCUUGAACAGCAGAGAGACCCAGACUCGUACAACAAACACCUCUUCGUGCACAUUGGACAUGCCAACCAUUCUUACAGUGACCCAUUGCUUGAAUCUGUGGACAUUCGUCAGAUAUAUGACAAAUUUCCUGAAAAAAAAGGUGGCUUGAAGGAACUGUUUGGAAAAGGCCCUCAAAAUGCCUUCUUCCUCGUAAAGUUCUGGGCGGACUUAAACUGUAAUAUCCAAGAUGACGCCGGGGCUUUUUACGGUGUGAGCAGUCAGUACGAGAGUUCUGAAAACAUGACGGUUACCUGUUCCACCAAAGUGUGCUCCUUUGGGAAACAAGUAGUAGAAAAAGUAGAGACGGAGUAUGCAAGGUUCGAGAAUGGCCGAUUUGUGUACCGAAUAAACCGCUCACCAAUGUGUGAAUAUAUGAUCAACUUCAUCCAUAAGCUCAAACACUUACCAGAGAAAUAUAUGAUGAACAGUGUUCUGGAAAACUUCACCAUUUUAUUGGUGGUAACAAACAGGGAUACACAAGAAACGCUCCUCUGCAUGGCCUGUGUAUUUGAAGUUUCAAAUAGUGAACAUGGAGCACAGCAUCAUAUCUACAGGCUUGUAAAGGACUGAACCUGGUUAUUUAUAUAUAUAGAUAUCUGUAUAUACACACACAUAUGUGCACACACACACUCUCUCCAUUAUCGAACGACUGACUGUAAACCUCACCACAGGUGAUGCCCUGGCCCCCCAGGUCACACCCUGACUUUUCUAAAUCCUGUUUGAGUGAACUUAUUAUUUUUUUCAUGUGUUCAUGCUAUCAUUGUAGCUGUGAAGUUGUGAUGCAGUUUUUUGUGUAUUCCUCAGAUCUGCAACCCACAAUUCCUUGGGGAAGGUGAAUCUUACCAGCCUAAACCUCUCUCUCUGCAGACCUGUUUCCUGUUGUGGUAGAAAAUAAUGAGACAGAGGAUUGGCCACGGAGCAUUGAUUGCCUUUAUACAAAUGUAUUUAGUUCUUUUUGUUGUUGUUUUUCCAACAUAAAAUUCUUGUUUUAAGAUACAAGUAAAAUUAAUCUUUAAAUGUAAAUUAGUACAAGAAAACUAAGAUUCUUCAGACUUAUCUUUGUAACUAAUUAGGGUGGAAGUUAUGGAAGAAUGUAAUUCACUAAAUUAUUUUUUAAAUGAAAUCUUUCUUUCUUUUUAAAACCAAAUGUUAAACUAUAGCCUUAAGAAAUACUUGGUAGAAGUAUCCUAAUGAGACAAAUUUUGUACCUUUCCCUCCCUCAAGGUUAAAACUAAUAUCCUAAUUCAUUAAACUCUUGAAACAGGUGUUGCAAAGGAAGAAAAUGUCACCCCUUAUCCUUAACAUAUAUAGUAUAUUUAAAAAUGUAAAAUUGUAUUGUACUAAUGUGAUAAUUGAUUAUUUAAUGAAAAGGAAAAGAUGGCUCUUUUUGCAAUAAGUAGAUAAUACUGAAACAAAUCUAAGCUUACAAUGUUAUCGUCUUGUGUGUGCAGUUGCAUUUUAUAUGGUCAACCAAAAUUUUCUAUGGAGAAGAGUUCACAUUUGAACCACUGAAAUUUAAUAACAAAAUUUAAAAAUUGGCACGAAUACUGCACUGUGAGUUGCAAAGGAUGCAGAAUCCUGUGGCUGGGAGAAAACUGUCAUCAUCUGAACAAGUGCGAGGCUCAUCAGGCUUGGUGUCUGCUCCCCAGAAUGUCACUGUCACAAGCCUCCUCACCAGCCUGUGGGUAGUGUGUUGUUGCUGGUAACCCCCCAUGCAUGGAAGCAUCUGUCCUGAUAGCUCUGUGUUCAUGCGCAUGUGGAUAUUCAGUUCUUUGAACUCCUGCCUCCCGUAGUUUGCUGGUUACUUACCACCUUUCUCUUGGUCUGCAUUAUAAACAUGGGUAGAUUUUCCCUAAGGGCAUCUCUUGACAUCUCUUCAUAAGCCGCAGGGGCACUUUAUGUGCUCCCCCGCCCCCCUGCCCCUCUCUUUUCCCUCCACCCCUCUCUUGAUCUUUUCAAGCAGAAGCCCUCAUUCAGGAAGUUCUGUUUCCAAGAGAGAUUUCACCUCUCUGAUCUGAAUAUUCCAAAGCAUUGCCCAGCAGAGUUGGCUUAAGAUGGCCGGUCUGGGGUUACUUCCCUAAGUGCUUUCUCACUGGGGAAGCAAGAAAGGUUGCCCCUCUACUUCCCAGGGAUGGUAAGAGGAAAGUAAGAGUUUCCUUACACACAUGUGCACAUGUGUGCACACACAUGCAUGCGCACACAGGAAUAUGUGAACAUAAUAGAACAUGACAAAAUUUUUAAGUUAAGAAGCAUGGCAAUUUUUUUUUUAUACCAAGGCUAUCAAGUAAACUCCUACUUCUGCUGUUUCCAGGUGACACACACCCCUUCUUUGCCCCAACAUCUGCUCUGCCUGUGCUUUUAUUAUAUUCAGCAACUUGUGGUCUUUAGUGGUUGGGCAUGGCUGGCUAAAAGAACCAAACUGGAUUGACUCUGUCUCCUCCCAGCUGCAUCCCUGGUCCCUGGGAAGACCUGAGGAGAAUGUGCAAGACUUUGUCAUUAGCAAUGUGCCUCCUUUACGUAGGCCAGCGGGGCAUUGUUUCUCUUCAGGAGAACUGCCUUGGUUCCCUGAUUCUAAGCCAGCCCUCAAAGGAAUGACUACCCUGGGUUUCUCCUCUUCUGUCUGUCUUCAGAUCAGAUGUUUAAGGCUCUGUCCUGGGGAUACCAUUAGUUAAUUUUUUAGGGAUGUUUCUUUAGCUUCGAUUUCCUACAUCCUUCCUCUAGAGGAAUGCCCUACUGUCCUGAGACCAGGACUAUAUGAAUGGGUACAAAUGAUCUCCUGUGGCUACAGGCCAGGCCUUCCAAGAAUGUGAUGGGGGAGCGGUCUACCACUCAGGCUCUGGGGGUUUGUUUCCCAUGUACCACCUAGAGGAUAGUGGCUGGCAAUGGGGAGGGUAUAACUUCACAGAAUGAGGAUGGUGUCUGUGUGGCCUCACUGUCUAUGUACUCUUCUUCCAGAGCCUUUCUGGGGGUGGGGGUGGGGUGGGAGUUAGGAAUGACCCUGACUUACUUUUGGCUCUUAAAACAGUGAUACAAUUCUUUAAAAUAUAUUCAACCCCUAUUCCUCCCCCUAACUUAUUUCCAUCCUCAUAUCACCCCCACACAACUUUUUAUUCUUUAAAAAAAGAAAAUAACCACCAUCUUAGGGUUACCAUUGCUGCAAUGAAACACCAUGACCAAAAAAAAAAAACCAAGUUGGGGAGUCAAGGGUUUAUUUGCUUACGUUUCCACAUCAUAGUUCAUCACCGAAGGAAGUCAGGGAAAGAACCUGAGACCGGGAAUUAAUACAGAGACCCUGAAGGGGUGCUGCUUACUGGCUUGCUCCUUGUGGCUUGUUCAGCCUGCUUCCUUAUAGAACCUAGGACCAGCAGCCCAAGGGUGACACCAUCCACAAUGGGCUGAGCCUUACCCUCUCCAUCACUCUGUCACUAAUUAGGAAAAUGCCUUGCAGGCCUGCCGAGAGCCCUUCCUCCUCUGCCCCUCUCUCUUUCAAGACAGGGUUUCUCUGUGUGACAGUCCUGGCUGUCCUGGAACUCACUCUGUAGACCAGGCUGGCUCAAAUGCACAGAAAUCUGCCUGCCUCUGCCUCCUGAGUGUUGGGAUUAGAGGCGUGUGCCCCCACCCCCCGGCUCUACAGCCGGUUCUUCUGGAGACAUUUCUUCAGUUGAGGCUCCCUCCUCUCAGAUGACUGUAGCUUGUGUUAAGUUGACACAAAACCAGCCAGCACACACACACACACACGCACCAUGGCAAAUUUGUGCUGCCCGUAUAUAUACUCAGGGGUGUGUAGACAUCCACUGGAACGUGGUCAGCCUACCAGGAAGCAUACUCUUAAAAGAAAAUGGACUUCCCCUACUCCAAAAGCUAUCAACUGUCUAGAGCCUCAGCCCCGGGGUGCAGGCUCAUGAGCCCCGUCCCCCCUCGGUGCUGGAAUUUGACCAGCUUGUUCUCACAGUUGCUGUGAGUUGAUGAGUGCUAUGAUCCUUUCAUGUCCAGAAGACAGUGUUCUGCUCCAGUGCACCCCCCCCACCUCCUCCUCUCAGUCUCUCUGUUCUGUCUUCAGUGUGGGUAGCUAUAAGAUUUGUGAGUCUUCUAGAGUUUCCCCGUUUAAUCAAUGACCCAGUUAUCCCAGACUUGCUUGAUUUCUCAAAUGAAAGCCUAGGGCAGGAUUUGUGUCCUAACUUCUAAUCCUGACCUCUCUAAUCCUUCUUGGUUCCUUGUCCCCUCCUCCCCUAGACCGGAAGGAUCCCCUUGGCGAGCCCUGCCCUCUCUCUUCUGUGACCCCUCCCUUCUUAGUGUUGGCUCACAGUGAUGCUAGGACAGAUCUGUCAGGGACAUAGGUAGACAUCUUGCUUAGUCACUGCAUAGUUUAGAAGCCAUCUUUCCAAUGAAAGAGACCGAAAUGUCCUGGGACCCCCAGAGUCCAGCUCACUGGAGGCCAGGGACAUUGGGCUAGUUAAUUGGCCAUCACCCUGUGCAUUGUCGGAGGUUUUGAGACUUCCUGGCCACUUUGACAGUUGUCACAGCUCAUUGCCCUGGGUUGUGCAAGGUUCAACCUUCAUUGGAAAUGGCUGCCCUUUCUCUUACUUAUCAUUAGCAUAUUGAUAACCAGUUUUGCUUCGCUCAUCCUGUGAGAACUUCUCUCCUAUAAGCUUUUUUUCUGGUGGGGAGGAGCGUCGGGUAGAGGCAGGUAGGUGGUUCUUCUGCAGCAUCCUUCCUCCUGUUUAGAGGUGACUCCUGGGCAGCCACCAUCUCCCUCCUGCUGCUACUCUUUCUCUCGUGUCUGAGAAAGCUGGGUUCAGCUGGCCAGCACCCUCCCAGUAGCCAUCUGACUUCCACUGAAAGAGUACUUCUGAUUUGUCCUGUGGCCCUUGCUUUAUUGGGGCUUAAAAAGAGAACCCCCCCCCCCCAGAUUUGACUCUUUCUCACAAGCUCCCCACUCUCCUCCUCAGCCUUUAAUUGUUAGGGUGAGUUUCCUCUGCACUGCUUGCUUCACGCUCGCUCUCUGGGCUUUCGGGAUGGAGCGGGCCUGGAUCUGGUCCAGAAGGUGGCUCAAACUCAGUCCCUAAGAGAGCACAGUCCAUUCCCCUUCACCGUGAAGGGAUGAGAUGCCUGGUCCAAAGCCUCCCCGGCUAGUCAGUCACAGACAAGGGUGAAGGCUUCUCUUUCUUCUGCAGCCUCCCCUGGGUAGAAGCCAUCUUUCCUUGGUGCUCUGUGCUGAAGUGAUCCCUGAGAACGCAUGGACGGGUCACUUCAGAUCCCCUGUAGCUGUCUGGGGACCAUAAGCAGAUGGGAAGUCUGAUGUGCCUCUUCACUUCCUCGGAGGACAGUUCUCCAGCCACGGGCUUUGAGUCAAAUUUCUAUUUCCCACCCAUCCCAGCAGCAACGUCCUGCUCACACACCAGCCAAAAUAGAACCUUUGGGGUUCAAAUUCCUCAAAGGACUUCUCAAUCCAGGUCCUCAUUAGGCUUCAAUACCAUGGUGGCACUAGCCACUAUUUUUAUACAACCCUAAAUUCUUGAAGUCACAUGAUGGUCAGUUUUACAAACCAGGUACCUGUAAUUUGUAUAAUUUUGUAUAUGCUCUGGUGUACCACACCUGUCCUAAGGAAGGGUAGAAUAACUCUGUGUUGGUGUCCUCACCUGUGACAUUAGGAGGAUGCUUGAGUUGCUGACUUCUAUGUUGAUGUUUCUGUGGCUAAGCCCUGCACGUGUCUUUUCUGAAAAGCCUUAAAUCUUGGUGACGUCACGUCGUAGGGUGUCGGUGUGACAGGCUGCCUGGGAACCGUGAGCCCUUUUGUAAGCUGGAAGCAUUUCUCUUACUACUGUUACUUUUCAUUUUCUUGAAGGGAGUUUUUAAUUCACAGCUGCCAAAGCCUCCCAGUGAAGCAGUGCCUUAGUAAUACCUUAGUAGCCGCCAGCCUUUUCUCACGCCUGGUCUCGGUGUCCAUGUGCUAAUUGGCCCAGUUUCCGAAGCAGGACAAGCCAAAAGCGUUCUCAUUUUUGUUUCAAAAGCCCGUUUUUUAAAUCCAGCUCUCUAGAAAGCUGAUGACUUGGUUUCAAACAACCUAAAUCAGAACCCAAGUCAGUUCUUUGACCAUGCUCUCACAUACGUAUCCAUACCAAAACUAACGGCUGCAACUCCGCAGUUUACUAUGAAGAGUGAAAUGUACUUUUCAUUGAUGCCUUUUCAAUUCAUGACCAAAUACUUAGCUAUUUGUGAAUCUUCUGCACUCCAGCAUGAAAGUGCCUUUGGCUCGAGAUUCCAUCUUAGAAAGUGCCACCAUAAUAACGACAAUUUGUAGAGAGACCAAAAAUAUUUUGAGAUCACCAUAAUGCCUUUGGUUAACCGGGAUGAGUAACCAACCACAGGCCUCUAUUCAUGAGAGCACCGCGUGGUCCCUGCCUGCUGUGAGUCUGCCUGCCAGUGGGGACCCCACCACACACUCACCUAUAGCACAGUGCGGCAGCGGGGAACCCCGCAAACUGUUGUGUCUGUGUGUGCCGACUCCCCCGACCCCCGGCAUGUCCGUCAACUCGUCACCCAGCUCUGCAUCCUUGGGAAGGAACUUGCGCACGAGCACCCGAAUCCCGAAUCCUGGCCAGUGGACAGACACCACGGCUUUGCCUUCUCCAUGUGUCCACACCCAGUCUGUGGAGACUCUCGUCCACUGGGAGGACAGUGCGCACUUGCCUGCUUUACACAGUGAUACCAUUUGGUUGUUGGAAGCCUCGCAUCGAGAUGACAGUGCAGAACAAAAAUAAAAAUGGAUUCAUUAGGGUCAUUGCAGUUGAAGUGUCUUUGGGCAGAUUUGCUGGCUCCAGAUGUCCGAAUGUGCUGUGAGAGACUUCCAAAGAGCACAACAUUUGCAGUUUUCAAGAAUGUUCUAGUCCUCAGAGAGCCAACUCUGAAGUCUGUGUCAGCUUAGAGUAAAAUCUUUGUGCAUCUGGAAACCUCAUACAGUAAGGAAAAGGACAGAGGAGGCAAAAAGAAGCCAGGAAAAAAAUAGGGUCUUUUUUCUUUUCUUAUUUUCUUUUUCCUUUUUUUAAAAAUUCCUUUGCUGAUAUAAGUGUAAAAGUAAUGACAGACGACUUUGAAAGUUAGCCUGGAAACUGUACCAAACCCACAUCCCUUCUCCCUGCCCUCCCCGGUGUCUAAGAAAUAGCCUCUCUGGGCUCUGAAAUUGCAGACGUGACUUGCAUCCACCCCAAGUUGUAUAAAAGUCCUGUUUCGUUUUGUUUUUAAAGAAAAACACCUGUCAAAUGGGAAGGCGAAUUCCUUAGCACAGGUUAGAGCUGCUUGGUUGGUGUCUUGGACUCCUCCCUGGCAGGAACACACCACAACUUGGAAGAAAUUAGUCAAGUGUGUUUUCUUGUGCCUCCUUCUAGCCAUUGAUGUCUUGUUUGGUGGUAGUUGCCUCUCCUAAACUCUCUGCUUACAUCCUCAACAAUGAAGGUUUUGUGUUUAAAAUGGACUGAUUGCAAAGGGCAGGCCUCACUGAAGUCAGGCACAAUUGGCUGAGAUGAGAUAUCUGUAUUUACUGCUCCGUCCUAACUUGUUCCCUCUGUGAAUCUGCAUUGGGUUCCUGUGGCCCACACUACGUCAUUUUAGGUAGAAGCAGCAUUUGUGUGUGUCCCCACCCUUGUUCAUGACCACAGGGUCAGCUCUCCCACUAGGCUCCAGCCCUGCUCAGCCUGAGCUUUGUCAGGUUUCACCAUGGGCAUCCUGUUUCCCCUCUUUCUUAGAAAGGUGGGCAGAAUUGACACAUCCAUUAUUUUGGAAAACCUGUCCAUGAGUUUUAUGUUUUUAUUUUUCAAAUUAAUUGUUCUCUGUGAUUAGUUUCACUGUGUAAAAUAGAUCUAAACUGCACUUCUUUAAAAACAAAUGUAUGUCUCCUGUUACCUCCUUGAAAGAUCAACUUCUCUAGGCCUUUUUCAAUGGGCUUAUGACUUCAGACAAGGAAAAAAAAAACAGUAAAAACAAAAACAGUACGUGCCUGAAAAAUGACAAAAAAAAACCACUUUUUUUUUUUUUGUAACAGUUAAAAAACCUGAAAAGCCUUUACUUCUUUGAUACGCUCAAAUUUGAUGAAAACUGGUUUUUGCCUUGUGUGUUUGUUCACAUUCUAAGCGACUUCAUGGCUUCUCUGGUGUCUUGUGUAAAGUGUAUAGGGUGGGCUUGUGGCGGAAGUGUUUCAUCUGGUCAGUGGUUCCUUUGAUAUUGUACUGCUGCUGGGUCUGGGCAGGAACCCGAGCCUUUGGGUGACAGGGUUCCUCUCCGGGGAGACCGUGGAGAAGAGGGUAGAGGGGCUCGUCCACAUGUUUUCUUAAACUGUUUGCAGAAACUUCCAGAAGGCAUUUGGCUAAACCUCCCGGCAGUACAGUAUUCUUGUAUUUGUUAACGUUUGUGUUUAGGUACUGGUACCUUUCUGUUAAAAAAUGUUGUAAGUGUUGGCUUUAAAGUGAAUUUAUCUUUAGUAUGAUAGUUAUAUGAAAAUUAUAGGGUUUGUGUGCAGAGAAUUUUUUUAUAAAGUGCUUUGUAAAAAAAAAAUGUAUUCUAGCUUUCGCGGUACAUAUGUGUGAUAACUUUAAUAUCCAUGACAGUUAAGUGCAAUUAUUUCAUCACUCUAAAAAUGCUAUUUUUGUGUCAGUUCCUGCAGGUGUUUUCAUGUCUUUGCAAAGUGACACAUUUUGAUGCCUUCUUGAUAAAGUGGUAGACAUUUUGUAGCUUUCUAGAAACUUUGUAUCCAUACGGUAUCAAUGAAAAAAAUAAAGAAAAUGAAAGUGUGGGUCA